ACAUUUAAUAACGUAACUGUCAACAGUUUACAUUAUUGUAACAGUUAUGUAAAACGUCAUUAAUAGUGGCACUUGUACUGUAUGUUGAGGUAACGAUAUUUGCGCGGUAUUACAAUCAUGGCGAAAAGUGAAGCAAUAAGAAAUAUUAAGAAACAUUCAAACAUGGAAAAAGAGCAGAAAAUAAUUGAUAAGAUGCCUUUUCGUCAUUUAAAAAUUGGUAAUGCUCAAAUUUUAGAUACAGUAGAGGGCAGAGAAAUAUGUGAUCAUUGUUUUAAAUCACGAAAAUUCUUCUGCUAUUCAUGUUGUUUACCUGUAAUCAAUGAAAACUAUUUUCCAAGAAUAAAGUUACCUGUCAAAAUUGAUAUCAUUAAGCAUGCACGUGAAAUCGAUGGAAAAAGUACUGCAGCUCAUGCAGCUAUACUUGCACCAGAGGAUGUAAAAAUUUUUACAUAUCCAGAUUUUCCAGAAAUUUUAAACAAAGAAGAGACUGUUUUAAUUUUUCCUAGCCAAACUGGUGUAACAGUAGAUUCAUUAUUUACAAAAGUGGUUAUAGAAGACAAUGAAAUAAUUACAAAAAGGAUAAAAAAUAUGAUUCCUAUAAAAAAAGCUAUUUUCAUUGAUAGUACAUGGCAUCAAACUAAAGCUAUUUAUAAGGAUCAAAGAUUACGGGAUUUACAAUGUGUUAUUCUAAAAUCAAGAAUAUCACAAUUUUGGCGCCACCAAAAGGAAAGUCCACGAUGGUAUUUAGCUACCAUUGAAGCAAUUCAUCAGUUUUUAAUUGAAUUGCAUACAUGUGCAUUUGGUAUGGUUCAAGGAUAUGCUAGCAUUAAAAGCUCUGAAGAAAAAGCAGUUAACGAAGAAAAUUCUACAAAUAAUAUUGCACAGCAGUAUGUAAAUGAGUUACCUGAAAUGGAUCAAAGAUAUAGAGGUCAAUAUGAUGAUCUUUUAUAUUUUUUUAAAUAUAUGUAUGAAAAGAUUCAUACUAUGUAUGAUCAUGAUAAAUUAUGGGCAUAUAAAAGACCAUUAAUGUAA